CGUGUGGGCUAAACAAGUAAAAGGGGGCGAGUGCAUCAGUGGCCACGGGUGCUUCCAUUGCUUGUCUUCCAUUCUUGCAACCACAAUCGCUCAUUACACAUCCAGUCACUUCUCAUACCUUUGCACAACAUGGCACUUUCCCAAGCAGCAAAUCUCAUCGAGAAGGUCCUCGGCGAUAAGCCCACCUCGGUCACUGCCGACGAAGAUGCCAUCCACCACGAUGGCCCCACCCACCUUGCCUGCACCUGGAACGGACUCAAGUCCGUAAAGAUGCAGCAGGUACCCCUUCCCAAGGUCGUCGACCCUCAAGACGUCCUGGUCAACGUCACCGGCUCUACCGUCUGUGGAAGUGAUUUGCACCUGUACAAGGGCGGCAUCCUCCAGCUCAAGAAGGGAGAUGUUCUUGGACACGAGGCCAUGGGAGUGGUGGCUGAUGUAGGAGCCGAGGUGAAGAAGGUCAAGAAGGGCGACCGAGUCGUCAUUGCCUUCAGCGUUGGAUGUGGUACCUGUCAGUACUGCAAGGAGGGGCUCACCACCAUGUGUGAGAACACCAACGGCUCUAAGCUCCAGGAGGAGCUAUGGGGUGACAACCUCUCUGGUAUCCAAGGCUACUCUCACUUCCUUGGUGGAUACUCAGGAUGCCAGUCUGAGACUGUGCGGGUGCCCUAUGGAGAUCUCAACACCCUUGUCAUCCCCGACUCGGUGCCAGACGAGAAGGCACUGUACCUCAGUGACAUUGUCUGCACCUCCUACCACAACGUCGUUGACACUGGCUUUGAAAAGGGUCAGACGGCUGCCAUUUGGGGUGCAGGACCCAUCGGACUGCAUGUUGCUCAGUGGCUAACCAAGGUGUUUGGCGCUUCCAAGGUCGUCAUCCUUGAUAUGGUGCCUAGUCGUCUCGAGCUCGCUGCAAAGGAGUUUGGCGUGGAGACUAUUGACAUCAGCAAGCUUCCCUCUGGCCAGACUCCUUCGGGAGCGGUUCGGGAGAUCUUCCCCUCUGGAGUGGAUGUUGCCUUUGACACGGCCGGGUUCACGUACGCUCAGUCAUUUGUGCACAAGGCCAUGAUGGCCGUUGGUCUGGAGACUGACUCCCCCGAGGUGCUCAACGAGGCUAUCAAGGCCACGAGGAAGUUCGGACGAGUGGGCAUUGUUGCUGAUUAUGCAGCUCUUGCGAACGGCUUCAACAUCGGAGCACUGAUGGAGAAGGGCAUCAAGCUCAUGGGCAACGGUCAAGCCCCUGUCCAGAAGUACUGGCAAAAGAUCCUCGACGAUUACAUUAUUCCCGGCAAGUUCCGACCAGAGAUUAUCCUCACUCAUCGUUUCAAGAUCGACGAAUGCGACAAGGUCUACGAUGCAUUCGAUCGUAAAGUCUUUGAUGAUGACAAGGGAGUGGGAUUGAUGAAGUGCUUCUUGGAGACAAAGCACAGUGCACCGAGAGCUGAGGGAACGCCGGCUCUGAGCGGGGUGCCCCAGUAGAGGGGUUGUACAAUCAAAGGAAAAGGAAAAUCAUUCAGUGCUGGUAGACGUCGCAGUCGUACAAUAGUGUAAUGCAUCUCAUUAUUUCCAUC